UUAUUAUUAGGUGUUGCAGUGAUAAGUUAUGAAAGCAAAGCUCAUGGUUGCUUCCGUGCUGAAAUGAGCAUUGCGAGGGAUGGCGGGGGAGAGGAGCGGAGAGGACACAGUUUCAGAGUACCUGGGCCAGAACCCGCAACUGGCCCAGUGGAUCGACACUCUCAGGGGCUACUCUGAGACCAACAAACAGUGGUUAGCUCGGAGGGAGUUCAUCCUGAGAAACAUGGCGGCUUUCCCCACAGUGGAGCCAGGAGUCUCCAGUAGCAGUACAGACAGGUUGAUCUCUCUGUCCAUGGUCUGGGCCAAUCACGUUUUCCUCGGUUGCAGCUAUCCACAAUCUGUAAUGGACAUGAUCAAGGAGAUGGGUGAGGGCAUAGUCGUCCAAGAUCCUCCAGGUCACAAAACAACAAAAGAUGAAGUCAGGGCCAAAGGAAAGCAGAGCGCCACAACUGAGAGCGAUGCUGACAGCUGCAUGAAAAGAGCCAGAUUUGGGCCUAAUGAGGCCGACAGUCGACCCACUGGGAGGACAGCCGCAUGGCCUGUGAGUCAGAAAGCAGGACCUCCUCCACAGGCCCCAGCAGAACAUCAGCCCUUCUUCAAUCGCCUCUACAAGGCAGUGGCCUGGAAGUUGGUGUCAGCAGGAGGCUUUGGUCCUAAUUUGGACCAUUUUGAAAUACUCCGUAGCUGUGUGGAGUCAUGUAAACAGACCCUGACCUGCGUGUUUGUGCCACUGAAGGACAUCACAGGACUCCCCGCAGGUCGCACACAAAAGGAAGGCCACGUGUGUGAAAUUCGCUGUCAGACUGUCUUCAUAGGCACAGGAUAUGGGCGGGAUGAGGCUGCCGCCAGAGCCAUGGCCUCCAAAGAGGCCCUCAAAGUCUUUCAAGGGCGUAAAGGCGCUCAGCUACCCUUUUCAGGAUGA